AUGAAUAGAGCGGCCAUAGGCGCAGGCAAGCCCUCGGGAAGCAUAUCAACGGGGAAGCCUCGCAGGAAAACCCGGGCAGAGGUGUCUGAGGAGAUGAAACAUGAGAUUCGCGAGGCCUUCGACCUUUUUGAUGCUGACCGUAGUGGCCGCAUAGACUUCCACGAGCUGAAAGUUGCAAUGCGAGCCCUUGGUUUUGAUGUAAAGAAGGAAGAGAUACAGCGCAUAAUGAAUGAAUAUGACCGCGACCAGCUUGGCGAGAUAACUUUUCAAGAUUUUGAAGAAGUGAUGAUAGAGAAGAUAAGUAACCGUGACCCCACAGAGGAGAUUCUCAAGGCAUUUCGUCUUUUCGACGACGACGCCACGGGGCGCAUUUCCCUCAAGAAUCUGAGACGCGUGGCCAAAGAGCUGUCAGAGAAUAUAUCGGACGAGGAGCUCUUGGCCAUGAUUCAGGAGUUUGACCGUGACGGAGACGGGGAGAUUGACGAAGAAGACUUUAUCGCUAUUUUAAGGUCCACAAGUGCUUUCUCUUGA